AUGGCUGCGAAGGGCGAGAAAGUCAACUUGCUCACACUCAAGACCGCAAACACCAGCGCUGGGCAACCAAACGGCGCUUCAAAGCAGCAAACGACCCCGAAUGCGCCGCCCAAUUUCGCUGGAGACCCGGCGCCCGCUCCGCCAAUGCCACCUGCAGGACUUGCAAAUAUGCCGCAAGGGCUAAUGAAUUCUUGUAGGUACUGAUAUCCCCACAGGCUAUUGGUCAAUACCCUGACCUCUUUGUAGCGCAGAGCGAGCAGCUGAAGAACAUCAUGACGGCCUGGUACUACGCUGGCUACUAUACGGGGUUCUACGACGGCCAGCAGAACGCUUGGUCCAAUAUGCCACAACAAGGCUAA